AUGAACCAACUGCGACAGAUCCACGCCCACUCGCUGAGAAAUGCUACAGAUUCCACCCAAUACCUCAUCACAAAUCUCCUCAAGAUCCCAAACCUGAGCUACGCCCACAAGGUGCUCGACAAUACGCCCCAACCAACCAUCUUCCUCUACAACAAGCUCAUCCAGGCAUACUCCUCCCGUGGGCCCCACUCCCGGUGCCUGUCCCUCUAUUCCCAGAUCCUCGCCCGGCGCCUGUCCCCGAAUCCCAACUCAUUUACCUUCCUCUUUGCCGCCUGCGUGGGCCUCAACACCAUUCGCCAUGGCCAGAUGCUCCAGACCCAUUUUGUCAAGUUUGGGCUGGGCCACGACGCCUAUGCCUCCACCGCAUUGGUUGACAUGUACGCCAAGAUGGGCUCUCUCCAUUUCGCGAAGAAAGUGUUUGAAGAGAUGGAGGGUGCGGAUACGCCCACCUGGAAUUCCCUGAUCACGGGCUACGCCAGAAACGGGCUUCUGGAGGAGGCCCGGCGCCUUUUUUCCGAGAUGCCACGUAGGAAUGUGAUUUCGUGGACGGCUUUGAUAUCCGGGUACUCCCAGAAUGGAAGGUACCGGGAAGCUCUUGAGACGUAUCUGGAAAUGGAGAGAGAGGGACAGGUCAGACCUAAUCAGGUGACCGUGGCAAGCGUUUUGCCUGCAUGCGCGAACCUUGGUGCGUUGGGGGUCGGGCGGAGGAUAGAAGCCUAUGCUCGGGAGAAUGGGUAUUUUGGGAACAUGUUUGUGAGCAAUGCGGUGCUUGAGUUGUACGCGAGGUGUGGGGCAAUCGAGGAGGCCGAGCGAGUGUUUGAGGAGAUUGGGGGGAGUAGGAAUCUGUGCUCUUUGAAUACUAUGAUCAUGGGUUUUGCGGUCCACGGGAGGUGCUGUGGAGCCCUCGAGAUUUUUGACCUGAUGAUGAGAAAUGGAAUUUCCCCCGACGAUGUCACCUUUGUGGGGGCAAUCCUGGCAUGCACGCACGGGGGCCUUGUCAGCAGGGGUCGAGAACUCUUCAACUCCAUGGCGGGAAAAUACUCCAUCACUCCAAAGCUCGAACACUAUGGGUGCAUGGUCGACCUCUUGGGCCGGGCUGGGCUACUGCAGGAAGCCCACGACCUCAUAAAAGCUAUGCCCAUGAAGCCCGACUCGGUUGUGUGGGGUACAUUGCUCGGGGCCUGCAGUUUUCACGGAAAUGUUGAGAUAGCCGAGAAGGCUGCCGAGUCGCUCUUUGUCCUGGAGCCGUCGAAUCCAGGUAAUUACGUAAUUCUUUCAAAUAUUUAUGCGAAAGCCGGCAUGUGGGAUAAGGUCGCGAGUCUAAGAAAGAUGAUGAAAGGGUUUAAUGUGAGAAAGGCGGCCGGGCACAGCUUUAUUGAGGAGGGGGGUCGGCUGCAUAAGUUUAUUGUGGAGGACAAGAGUCAUUCGAGUUCGGACGAGAUCUUUAGGGUAUUGGAUUGCAUUGGGGCAGAAACUGGUUUGGAUUCCAUCAUGGAGGACAUACGCUUUAUGGAAUUUUGUUGA